GGAAGCUUCAAACCAAGGGAUCCAUGCGAUUAUGUUGCGUACAUUAGCGUGCCAGUAAGUAAUGUCUAGUAGGUCGUACAAGUGGUGUCUAGUAUGCCGUGGGUGGUGGAAGUGGAAGUGGUGUGUAGGAUGUGGAUGGUGUGUAGUACAGUAUGCCGUGGGUGGUGUACAAUAUGCCGUGAUAGUGUACAGUAUGUCGUACAUGGCGUCUAGCAUGUCGUGGAAGGCCGUUAGCGCUCCGUUGGAGUGUAGAAGUGCGAGAGCGUGGAAAUGGGAAAGUGCGGAAGUGAGAGUGGUAUGAGUCGUUAGUCCUGGUAUCGCAGUUACAAGCCUUGCAUCCAGAUAUCCACCGCAGGCGCAAACUGGACUCGUAGCUCCCUAAGAGAGCGCGAUAUGUCCUUGUUGAUCUCCCACACUGGGUAGGCUGACUGUCCCUCCGCG